UUCCCCGGGCUCGGCCCGCGCUCCCGCCGGGGAGGACCCCGAGCGCGCCCCUAGCAGCUGCCAAGACCACUGCGGUGCGAGAGGGAGGGGUCCGCCGCGUCGCGCGCGCCGCCACCCGCGCUUCCAGGCCCCGGCCCCCGAGCCGCAGCCCUAGGGGCCGGCGCGCUUGACCGGCGACCGCGAAUUUUCCAUCUCCCCGCCGCCGCUGCCUCUUUCCUCCUGCAGCCGGGCGCCUCUGGAUGCUCAGGGCCAGCCCUGCGCCUCUCCCGACCGGAUCCCGGGACUGACUGCAGCGGAAUCGCGCUCCGGCCGCUGGCCGGGGGCCUUGGCGGGGCGGUGCGGCGCCACGAGAAGCAGCCCCCCGGCCCGCUGAGCCCUCCCGCCGCACGCGUGACUCGGCUCGGCAGUCCGCGCGGGGACGGUCCGGACCACGCGGCCCCCGAGUUCGCACACAGUUCCAGAUGGUUAGCGCUACCUGUGCCCUGGAAACUCCCGCUGCGUUCCUGCCACAAGUGGCUGUCCCUCAGCCUCAGCCAAGAAGGAGCCUCCAGCCUUCGCCAGGUCUCAGAGAGCCCUGGUAGGUGGCCAUUCUGGGUGUCCCCUCCUCAGCCCCCAGUCUUCUCCAGGGCCAGUAGAAACAGACACCAGUGAAGAUGCCUCGGAAUCAGGGCUUCUCUGAUCCCGAGUACUCAGCUGAGUACUCGGCUGAAUACUCUGUCAGCCUGCCCUCUGACCCUGAUCGAGCGGUGGGCCGGACCCAUGAAAUCUCCGUCCGGAGCUCGGGGUCUUGCCUCUGCCUGCCUCGCUUCAUGCGGCUGACCUUCGUGCCUGAGUCCUUGGAGAACCUCUACCAGACGUACUUCAAAAGGCAGCGCCAUGAGACCCUGCUGGUGCUGGUGGUUUUCGCAGCCCUCUUCGACUGCUACGUGGUGGUCAUGUGCGCCGUGGUCUUCUCCAAAGACAUGCUGGCGCCCCUCAUCGUGGCCGGGAUUGGACUGGUGUUGGACAUCAUCCUUUUCGUGCUCUGCAAAAAGGGGGUGCUCCCUGACCGGGUCACCCGCAAAGUGGUGCCCUACCUGCUGUGGCUGCUGAUAACAGCCCAGAUCUUCUCCUACCUGGGCCUGAACUUUGCCCAGGCCCACACAGCCAGCGACACGGUGGGUUGGCAGGCCUUCUUCAUCUUCUCCUUCUUCAUCACGCUGCCCCUCAGUCUCAGCCCCAUCGUGAUCAUCUCAGUUGUCUCCUGCGUUGUACACACGCUUGUCUUGGGGGUCACCGUGGCCCAGCAGCAGCAGGACCAGCUAAAGGGGAUCCAGUUGCUGAGGGAGAUCCUGGCCAACGUCUUCCUCUACCUGUGUGCCAUCAUCGUGGGCAUCAUGUCUUACUACAUGGCAGACCGCAAGCACCGCAAGGCCUUCCUGGAGGCUCGCCAGUCGCUGGAAGUGAAGAUGAACCUGGAAGAGCAGAGCCAGCAGCAGGAGAACCUUAUGCUUUCCAUCCUGCCCAAGCACGUGGCUGACGAGAUGUUGAAGGACAUGAAGAAAGAUGAGAGCCAGAAGGACCAGCAGCAGUUCAACACCAUGUACAUGUACCGUCACGAGAACGUCAGCAUCCUCUUUGCUGAUAUCGUGGGCUUCACCCAGCUGUCCUCUGCCUGCAGUGCGCAGGAGCUAGUGAAGCUUCUCAACGAGCUCUUUGCCCGCUUUGACAAGCUGGCAGCGAAAUACCACCAGCUGCGGAUUAAGAUCCUGGGUGACUGUUACUACUGCAUCUGUGGCCUGCCUGACUACCGGGAGGACCACGCUGUCUGCUCCAUCCUCAUGGGGCUGGCCAUGGUGGAGGCCAUCUCGUAUGUGCGGGAGAAGACAAAGACUGGGGUGGACAUGCGUGUGGGGGUGCACACGGGCACCGUGUUGGGUGGCGUCCUGGGCCAGAAGCGCUGGCAGUAUGAUGUGUGGUCCACCGACGUCACCGUGGCCAACAAGAUGGAGUCAGGCGGCAUCCCAGGGCGCGUGCAUAUCUCCCAGAGCACCAUGGACUGCCUGAAAGGAGAGUUUGACGUGGAGCCAGGCGAUGGAGGCAGCCGCUGCGAUUACCUGGAGGAGAAGGGCAUCGAAACCUACCUCAUCAUUGCAUCCAAGCCAGAGGUGAAGAAAACAGCCACCCAAAAUGGCCUCAACGGCUCGGCCCUGCCAAAUGGAGCACCACCUUUCUCAAAGCCCAGCUCUCCUGCCCUCAUCGAGACCAAGGAGCCUGAUGGGAUCACCACCGGAUCUAUAUCGGAGGAGGCUGAGGAGCAUGAUGCCCAGGCAGACAACCCCUCAUUCCCCAACCCCCGUCGGAGGCUGCACCUUCAGGACCUGGCUGAUCGCGUGGUGGACGCCUCUGAGGACGAACAUGAGCUUAACCAGCUGCUCAACGAGGCCCUGCUGGAGCGAGAGUCUGCACAGGUAGUAAAGAAGAGAAACACCUUCCUCCUGUCCAUGCGGUUUAUGGACCCGGAAAUGGAAACCCGCUACUCGGUGGAGAAGGAAAAGCAGAGUGGGGCCGCCUUCAGCUGCUCCUGCGUUGUCCUACUCUGUACAGCGCUGGUCGAGAUACUCAUCGACCCCGGGCUAAUGACAAACUACGUGACCUUUGUGGUUGGGGAGGUUCUGCUCCUGGUCUUGACAAUCUGCUCGCUGGCUGCCAUCUUUCCCCGGGCCUUUCCUAAGAAGCUCGUGGCUUUCUCAACAUGGAUCGACCGGACCCGCUGGGCCAGGAACACCUGGGCCAUGUUAGCCAUCUUCAUUCUGGUUAUGGCAAACGUUGUGGACAUGCUUAGCUGUCUCCAGUACUACACGGGGCCCAGCAACAGGACUACAGGGAUGGAGGAGCAGGACGGCUGCGUGGCGAACCCCAAGUACUACAACUAUGUUGCUGUGCUGUCCCUCAUCGCCACCAUCAUGCUGGUGCAGGUCAGCCACAUGGUGAAGCUCACACUCAUGCUGCUCGUCACAGGCGCGGUGGCCGUCAUCAACCUCUAUGCCUGGUGCCCCAUCUUUGAUGAAUACGACCACAGACGUUUUCGGGAGCAUGAGGUUCCCAUCACCUUAGAGAAGAUGCAGGUAUCUUCUGCCCCUGGGCUCAAUGGGACCGACAGGCUGCCCCUGAUGCCUUCCAAGUACUCAAUGACAGUGAUGAUGUUCGUCAUGCUGCUGAGCUUUUACUACUUCUCCCGCCACGUGGAAAAACUGGCACGGACCCUGUUCUUGUGGAAGAUUGAGGUCCAUGACCAGAAGGAACGUGUUUAUGAGAUGCGACGCUGGAAUGAGGCCUUGGUCGCCAACAUGUUGCCUGAGCACGUGGCCCGCCAUUUCCUGGGUUCCAAGAAGAGAGAUGAGGAGCUGUACAGCCAGUCUUACGAUGAGAUUGGAGUCAUGUUUGCUUCCUUGCCCAACUUUGCUGACUUCUACACAGAGGAGAGCAUCAAUAACGGUGGCAUUGAGUGUCUACGCUUUCUCAAUGAAAUCAUCUCAGAUUUCGACUCUCUCCUGGACAAUCCCAAAUUUCGGAUCAUUACCAAGAUCAAAACCAUUGGCAGUACCUAUAUGGCAGCUUCAGGAGUCACCCCAGAUGUCAACACCAACGGUUUUACUGGCUCCAACAAGGAGGAAAAGUCGGAGAAGGAGCGCUGGCAGCACCUGGCUGAUCUGGCUGACUUUGCACUGGCCAUGAAGGACACGCUUACAAACAUCAACAACCAGUCCUUCAACAACUUCAUGCUGCGCAUAGGCAUGAACAAAGGAGGGGUACUGGCUGGCGUCAUUGGAGCCCGGAAGCCACACUACGACAUCUGGGGCAAUACAGUCAAUGUAGCCAGCAGGAUGGAGUCCACGGGGGUCAUGGGCAACAUCCAGGUAGUAGAAGAAACACAAGCCAUUCUCCGAGAGUACGGUUUCCGCUUCGUGAGGCGAGGUCCUAUCUUUGUGAAGGGGAAGGGGGAGCUGCUGACCUUUUUCCUGAAGGGGCGCGAUAAGCCAGCUGCCUUCCCGAAUGGCUCCUCUGUCACACUGCCCCACCAGGUGGUAGACAACUCCUGAGUGGCCUCUAGCCCACAACAGUCCAAAUGGGGAGGGAGGAUUUAUUUUUUGGAAUCAGAGAAAAGCCUUGGGAAAAGACAGAUUACCAAGUCCCGAUGUUCCCAAACUGUUGACGUACUCACUCACAUAGACUUUAGGUUUAAAAAUCUCCUCAAGCCUUCAUUUGUUCAUGGAUGUGUGAGCUCUGAGGGUGGCCAGACUGCCCCUCAGCGUGCCUGCAGCUUCUCCCAGAGAGUAGGGGUCCUAGACGUAGUACUGGAACACUCCUCCCAGAGCUCACUCCAACCAGCACCUUUCCCCCCAGAGAGGCCAUGGCCACUGUGAGCAGGAAAGCAUCAGAGGUAGAAGGAAGCUGCCUUUGCUGGGCUGGGAGCACAGGCGGGGGAAGCUCUGCUGAAGAUGAGGGCCCGGUGGCCAGCAUAGCUGGCUGGCAAAUGCUCUGCUCCCGGCUGUAACUUGGAGGCAGUGCUUUCAUUCUGGAAAGAGCUCAAGCUGGAGACCUGACUGUCUCCGUGUGGUCUGAGUUAGCUUAAAUGGCCCUAGUCCUGACGUUCCUGAUAAUCUUGAAAGGUUCUUCUGGAACCCCUGUCACCUUAGUCAUGAGAGCAGAAAGUGCAAUAUGUCCUUUUACCCGGUGGCAGGGGGGCAGGGGGAUUUAUUUCUGAAAGAAAAAAUAUAUACACAGAUCUUCUACAUUUAUAUUUUUAACUUUCUGUUAAAAAAACACUCCAAUAUUGCCUUGCCUUUGAGCUCUUGCUACAGUCGCCUUUGCUACUGCUUUAAGAGAGAAUUUACAGGAAUUGAUAAAAACAAGACUGUUUUAUUAAAAGCUUUAUUCAACUUGAACAUGAUCACUGUGAAUAUUUUGACUACCUCUUGUCUGAGAAGUUCUAAGUCAUGCCAUCAGUCCCCACCACAUGCCUGGAAGGCAGGAGCUUGAACUAGGACAUCUCUCUUUUAGUCUAAAGCUGCUGCCUCUAAAUGAUGAUCCAAGCUGGCUUUAUCAUUCCCCUGUGCUCUUCCUAACGUUAGCUGGAGCUCCCACAUGUGAAGGUUACACGUUACGCUUCAUGAUCACCGGGUCUCCCAAAUGACCGUUUGAGAGUGAGGCCUGAAUGCAGCUCUGGGCCUGGGGCAGUAAUGUAAUAACAGCUCUUAUUUUGACUGGGCAAGAGGGGACAGGACUUGAAAUGGCCAGCCAGAAGCAGGUUUUGAAAUCUGAACUGGCCCUACACAUGCUGUUAUAAACCAGGAACAAAAAAAUGCCAGCAGAUCCAAGGCCCAAGAUCAUAGGGAAAACUGGUACAUUACACGGCCAAGGAGGUGGGGAAGAAGACUGCAUGAGGGAGAAGAGAUGGAGGAGGGUCUGCUUCCUUUGCAACAAUGACUGAGUUUAUGGCCAGAUUUCCAACCCUACUCUUUCAAAGCUGACUUUAAUACAUUCAGCUCUCUACUAAAAUGUUUUAGAAAACAAAAUAAUAGACUGUUUUAUUCAUGGUACUUUUUCUCACAUAUUUUUUAAUAAAGCAACAGCCUAUGACACAGUGCUCCAAACCAAUGAUUAAACACUUUCUUCUUAUCUGUGCAAUUCACCUAUCACGAACCCACAGUACUCUAAGAACUUCCUUUUCAAAAGUCUCAGCAAAAUGAGGCAGCAUUAUGUAAAGCUUCCAUAAAAGCCAGAAAUACUGUUUAGUUGAAGGAUAUGCCUGCCCUCUUUCACAAAACGCCCUCUACUGUGCCCCACAAACCACUUUGAUUUUCAGGCUACAAUGUAUGAUCAAUUCAAUUAACACCUUAAAAGAAUCAGUGAUCAGUCAAGUGGAGAAUUGC